AAUUCCAAAGGAAUUAAAAAAUUUUUGCUGCCAUUGUGCUGGAUAGAGAAGCUCGUUUCCUUCCACUAUGUCAAAAGAGGCGAGUAGCACCACCGCAGGUGCUACAGAUGAUGGCAAUGAACUGCCUCGUCAGCUUGAGCAAUAUGAACUAGAGCCUUUACCUGCCUCAUUAGAUGUGGCAUUGGAUGAGCCUCCUCGAAGCCGGUUUAGAAUCUUGGCAAUCAUGGUUGCGCUGUCUCUUUCCUUAUUUGUAGCUGCUUUGGAUCAGACUAUUACCGCGACAGCCAUUCCGACCAUCGCCUCCAAGCUGCACUCAGCGGCUGGUUAUACCUGGAUUGGAGGCGCGUACCUCCUUGGCAAUGCUGCCGGCUCGCCAAUCUGGGCAAAGCUGUCCGACAUCUGGGGCCGCAAACUGCUCCUCUUGCUUGCGGUCGCAUUGUUUUUUGUCAGUUCCAUAAUUUGCGGUGUUGCAGUCAAUAUGCAGAUGUUAAUCGCUGGUCGUGCCUUGCAAGGGACUGCCGGCGGCGGACUGCUGCAGCUGGUGACAAUCACAGUCUCAGACCUUUUCAGCGUCAGACACAGAAGUCUCUACCUGGGUCUUUUGGAGUUCAUCUGGGCUCUGGCUGGGGGUACCGGUCCACUUAUUGGCGGUGCCUUCUCUGAGUAUGUCUCCUGGAGAUGGUGUUUCUUUGUUAACCUGCCGGUCUGUGCUAUUGCUUUCGUUCUUUUGUGCCUGUACCUGGAUGUGCAUAACCCCAAGACCAGGAUGCUGGAAGGUUUCCAGGCUAUUGACUGGUUCGGGAGUUUGUCCAUUCUCGGACUGACCCUGAUGCUGUUGCUUGGACUACAAUUCGGAGGAGAAACUUUCUCUUGGAGCUCUCCCCAAGUCAUCUGUUUGAUAGUCUUUGGCUUUCUGUGUUCUUUGCUGUUCAUAUACAGCGAAAAGCGCCUCGCAAAGUAUCCCCUCAUGCCGAUGGAGCUCUUCAACUGCACCUCGAAUAUCGCUAGUUUGUUAGUGGCAUCGGCACAUGGAUUUGUAUUCAUCGCCGGUGAAUACUAUAUCCCCCUAUAUCUUCAAUCCGUCAAGGGUGCCUCCCCGAUGCGGUCUGGUCUGUUACUUCUUCCGUUGGACCUUUCCGAGGCUGCCUUUGGGAUUGUGGCGGGCAUCGUCAUCCACCGCACAGGGCGAUACCUUGAGCUGAUUUGGAUCGGAGUCGUGGGUCUUACCGUCGGAACCGGCCUAUACAUCACCCUGGACGCAUCAUCCUCGCUAGGUCAGGUUGUCGGUUUCCAGCUUAUCGCCGGCAUGGGCGCAGGGCUUCUGUUUCAGUCUCCCAUCAUUGCGCUACAGGCCAUGGUCUCCCAGGAAGACACGGCAACCGCAACCGCAACCAUGGGGUUCCUGCGCAAUAUGGCAACCGCAGCUUCUAUUGUGAUUGGCGGCGUUGUCUUCCAGAACAGUAUGAGCCUGCAGUCCUCCAAACUGAGAGCAGCAGGCCUCUCGGAUACUUUACUGAACGAGCUAUCUGGUGCCUCCGCCGCAGCCAACAUUGCCCUCGUUGAUACGGUCAAGAAUCCUGUUGAGUUGAAGGCUAUCAAGGCGGCGUUUGCGUGGAGCCUACGAAACAUGUGGAUUCUCAACACAUGCAUGGCCGCCUGCGGUAUCGUUGGCAGCAUCUUCAUCUCAAGACAACGCCUGAGCAAAGAGCACACGGAGACAAAAACCGGGCUGAAGAAGGAUCCACUCCCUGUUGCAGAGAGCGCGGCGCCUGCCAUUCCAUGAGCCCUAGUACAGGUAUAGCCAUCAGGGUAGCCGAUAAUUAUAUCUCUUUAGAAUACUAGAUAGCUCAUUUAUAGCAAAAAUUUAAGGUAGUGGUUAGACUUGGAACGUUGCAGGUUGGUCGCACCUUCUCAAUCAGUGUCCGUCAACAAUAUCGUAUUAGGUAAGCAGCGAAUAUGAUAUGUCAUAGAUGAGUAAGCGCCAAGAUUACACCAUACCGCAUUGGGCGAGCCGCGAC